GCCAGUGAGCUAGCUAGCUUUCUGCUUUCGCAGUUAGUUAUAGUCAGUGCCACAUUUUAACUUUUACAGUUACAAUGAUGGAUAUUCUGAAAGCGGAGAUUGCGAGGAAGAGGAAACUAAUUGAAGAGAAAGAACUCGUUGACGAUUCAAAGAAAUACUUCAAGCGAGCUGAUCUUGCCCGAAAAGAGGAAGAAAUCUACUAUAAAAAAUGUGGAUAUAAGGUAGCUCUUGAACAGCCUGUGACACAGCCAGAUGAGAAGAAGGAGGAGGCCGUGACACCGUCCACUUCAGCCACCCCUGAGCUGGAGCUCACAGAGGAGAAGUUACCAAUGACCCUCUCCCGACAGGAGGUGAUCCGGCGUCUGAGGGAGCGUGGCGAGCCAGUGCGUCUGUUUGGAGAGUCUGACUAUGACACCUUUCAGAGGCUCCGGAAGAUCGAAAUCCUCGCACCCGAAGUGAACGAGGGCUUGAGGAAUGAUCUGAAGGCGGCUAUGGAUAAGAUCGAUCAGCAGUACCUGAAUGAGAUUGUGGGGGGCCAGGAGGCUGGAGAGGUGGACACGCAGCAUGAUCUCAAGGUGCAUGAAGAGAACACCACCAUUGAGGAGCUGGAGGCUCUAGGGGAGUCUCUGGGCACUGGGGAUGACAUGAGAGACAUGGACAUCAUAGACAAAGUGCUGCGGUUCUUGUUAGGUGUAUGGGCUAAAGAACUAAACGGCAGAGAGGACCAUGUUAAGCGCAGUGUACAGGGAAAGUUGGCCAGUGCCACCCAGAAACAAACUGAAUCUUACCUCACGCCUCUCUUCAGAAAACUUAGGAAGAAGAACCUGUCUGCAGAUAUUAAGGAAUCAAUCACAGACAUCAUUAAGUUUAUGCUGCAGAGGGAAUAUGUAAAGGCAAAUGAUGCGUACCUGCAGAUGGCAAUAGGAAAUGCUCCAUGGCCCAUCGGUGUGACCAUGGUAGGCAUUCACGCUCGUACUGGCCGAGAGAAGAUCUUCUCCAAACAUGUGGCUCAUGUUCUCAACGAUGAAACUCAGAGAAAGUACAUCCAGGGUUUGAAGAGACUAAUGACAAUCUGUCAAAAGCAUUUCUCGACAGACCCUUCAAAAUGUGUAGAAUACAAUGCGCUCUGACUCUCUCUGUAUUUAUAUAUAUAUAUAUAUAUAUAUAUAUAUAUAUACACACACACACACACACACACACACACACACAAUUUAUAUUGUAAAUAAACAGUGUAUUGUAAAUAUUCGGUCGCUAGUGAAAGCAAAUGUUUCAAAAUAAAAUCUUAUACCAGUCUUGGUGUAAAAUACAUCUUGUUUUUCAUUUCUGAGAAAGUAUGUUUAUUCUAUUCAGUAUGACAGUGUUAAGUUAGAAAUUCUGAUAUGUCCAUCUGCAUUUGAUUUUCUCUUUUCCUAUAUAACCCUUCCAGGCUAAAACUGUAUAAAUGUCUCUAGGUUGUUUUUAUGUGAUUUUAACUGAAAAAAGUGAUUCCUGGACUAAGACGGGAACACAUGAAAUGUUGCAUUUACAGAUGAAAGCCAUUAGGGGCAACUGGUCUCUGCUGACUCAUUUGCACAUGGGUUCUGAUUGCUGAAUUCUUUUAAAGUUCUCUCAUUCCUCAGUGGACAGGAAAUCGCAAGUCACAGGAAGUGAGACUUCCUGCUGCUAGGGCAACAUAGAAUUUAUAAAAUGCUUAUUACAUUUGUGCACAUUUUAUUCAUUCGUAACAGCUUCCUCCUGGACUCCUAAGGAACAAGCUGUC